AGAAGUAGUUCAUAUAGUUUUAGGGCUAGCUUGGCUAGCCUAGCUUCAUGGUGCUAGUAGUGGUUGUAAUCAUACCAGAUAACGAUGUACACAACUUUAAUUAACCCCACCUCUCAAUUAAAUUGUAAACAAAAUAUUCAAUCAAGAAAAAAAUAAAUAAUAUAUAAAAAAAAAACACAACUUUGAAGGACCAGAUGAAUCAUGAAUCACAUAUCUUCUAAAGCACUAUCGUCCUCUAUUCCUUGUUGUGGGGCCCGAUCAGUACCAACAUCUUUUUUCUCUCAUGGACCAACUUUAAAAACACACUUAGUUGCCCUCAUUUUGAAGAAAAUCGAUCCUUCUAUUUCUCUGUAAUAACUUCUCUUCAGCCUUCACCAAACAAAACCAAAGCCAUUUCUCGCAAGUUAUUCUCAGAUCAAUUAACCAUGAAAGGACUGGAUAUUUUCUGUGCUUCUCCAGCUUCCACAUCCAUUUGCUCUAGCAUGGACCAACAUGCCAUGGUCCGCCUAGGCCCCGCAUCCAUUGAUCAUCCUCAUCAUCAUCCUCAUCAUCGUCUUCAUGAUCGACCCAAAAACCAGCCUCACAAUCAAACUCACCAUCACCAUGUCCCUUGCUCAUCUCAGCUGCCAAUUGAUCCCAAACCAUUUUAUGAGAAAUGUAGGAAGAGUUUUUCUAGUGCACAAACUCAGCUACGUAGAAAAAGCUCUGCUGACAUUCAUGACUUAACAAGGACUAGGAGCCUCAAUGGUUCUUCUUCUUCUCGGUAUCUUUUAAGUGACUCGCCCUUCGUAGGCUGGUUAUCGGAGGCCGAUCGGAAUGUUUCUGCUAAUACAAUAUUGCUCCCUCGCCAAGUGCCUUCUAAGCCUAGACGGUUGAUGAUCUCAAGUGAUCACUCUCCUGCUUUAAGGUCUUCUUCCACUCGUUCUCGUCACCAGGUUGUUGUUUUGAGGGUGUCACUUCAUUGCAAGGGCUGUGAAGGAAAAGUGAGAAAGCAUCUUUCUAAAAUGGAAGGAGUGACAUCAUUUAGUAUAGAUUUUCCAACCAAAAAGGUCACAGUCAUUGGAGAUGUUACCCCAUUAGGCGUGCUCUCAAGUGUCUCCAAGGUGAAGAAGGCUCAGCUCUGGCCUUCUCCAACAUCAUCAUCACCAUCCUCUCGAUGGUCAGCAUGAAUUCACAAAUAAAUUAAAUAAGUUUUUUUUUCCUCUUUUCUUUUUGUUAUAUUCUCUGCCAAAUUUGAAAUUCCAGGGUGUGUGUUUUGUAAUUUGUAUGAUAACUAGUUGUUUAACUAAUUAAUAUCCAAUUAAUUAAUAAUAAUCAUGUUUAAUAUAUGAGUUUGAAAUCCUGCUCCUUCUGUCA